ACCAAUUAAUAACACCAUCCGGUAGGAACCGUGUCCGUAGGAAGAGGAAGCCUAACCCACGUUACUUUGAUUAAGCUUCCACGUGGACAAUAAUAAAACUGAGAAGCUGAUCCUCAUCAGUACUUCUCAGUUGGGUAGCUAGUUGGCUAUGUUUAUCAUUCCGCUCAAUUAGUGUUGGCUAUGUUUAUCAUUAUGUUUCAUUGUUGUUGGGUAUGUUUGGCAUUCUGUUAAGAGUAGUGUUUCACAGCAGAUGGGUUGUUCAUGCCCAGUAGUAGUCAUUUAUUUAAGGUAGGGAAUAGCCAAGGGAAGAGUAUCAAAGAUAUAAACAAACAAUUGGUGUGUAAGGUGCUUUCUUGCCUCAAGUGGAAAACUAAUCAAUCGCAUUCGUCACUUCAUUUCUACUUUCAUUCACAACCCAUCUAUCUAUCUGAUCGUAUCUUAUCAAGUGGUAUAUAUCAGAGCUAUGUCGACCCAAAAGGACCGUAUUGAGAAGCUGGAGUCUGAAGUACACGAUCGAGUCUAUGCAGAACCUUGAACGAUCAUUUAAGGAGAGCCUUGAAUGAUCAUUGAAGGAGAGCAUUGCCCAGACGGUGAAGGAGGCCUUCGAUACAUUUGCAAAACAUCAAGGGGAGUCGUCACGUUAUCCAGAGAAAAGAAACGAAGGAUCAUAUAUAGCUCUUUUUCACGGUAUAUAUAGUCACAAUCGUGACCACAGGGAAGAUGUGCAUUUUUUUCGACCUAUGAAGAUGGUGUUUCCAUGAUUCCAUGGAGAGGAUCCUAUUAUAUGGCUUCAUCGGGUUACUAAAUGUUGGGUGGUCCUUCCUACGUAGGCAAGCUGAUUUUUCAGUUUGAGAAACAGAGAGAGAAGCAGUCAGUUUUUAAAGAGGUUCGAGCAAACAGUGAGAGAAAGGAGAAAAAUGGGGUUUUUCACAUAGUUAUUUCCGUCAAGAUUGGAUGGUCAUCUAUUGUCCGAUCUUGAUGAAAUUUCAGUAUGUUGUUCCUAACGACGAGGGCUACGCAAUGACUGGUGUCGAUUGUUGGACUUCCUCUCCAGUUACUUGGUUGUUCAUCCCCACUUGGUGAGGCCUUUCUUGUUUUUGUUGAAAUCCACUUUUAAAAUAAUGAAUUUAUGUUUUAAUUCAAGAAUGUGUGUAUUCUUGAUGUAGUGAUAACCUCUAGAUAAAACAUUUGUAAGCCUAUUAUUGUUGAUAGUGGAAGUUUUAUCUAGACUAGGUCCCGUGGUUUUUGUUUUCCACGUACAAAUUUUGGUGUCUUGCUUGUGGUGGUUGCUGGAUUUAUUUUUUGGAUGAGUUGAUAUUUUUGGUGUUAGAUUGACCAUUUAAUUUGCAUAAAGAGAGGUAGACAAUUUUCGCUAUGUAUUUUGUUAUUGGCCUUUGCCCCAAAACUAAAUUUUUUGAGUACCAACCAAUGUAUCUGGAGGAGCAGAAAGUCUGCAUUUUAUUUGGAAAGUGAGGCAAACAAGUGGCAUGGUGGCAAUGGGUAAAGAAAAUUUAUAUCCAGCAAAAAAGAAAAAGAAAAAGAAAAAAAUUUAUUGGAAACUCAAACUUUCAGAUUGUUCCACCUAGAGUUUAAGGAAGGAUGUUAGAGAGAUUCAUUGUAAUUAUAAUUAUUUUUAUAUUUUCUUUGAAUGCCCAUUCAUUAAGUCAACGGCGGGCUGGGAACAGACUUUGUCAUAAGAAAAGUCCAAGUUUUCUUGCUCUCAUUGAUAUAUACCGGCAUCAUUAUUCCUCUAUCAUUGGAGAGGAAUGGCUACCUAUACGAGUAAGCCAUGGCUCUUCUUUGUUCUGCUUCUUGUCCUGUCUUACUACAGAGCAUGUUUUUCCAUUGCAUCAGAUAUCCUUUCAGCAGGUCAGCCUCUUUCACUCAAAAAUAGCAUAUCAUCUGCAGGCAGCAAUUUUACACUCGGUUUGUUCAUACGAGGUGCUUCAAAAAUAUACCUAGGCAUAUGGUAUAAUACUUUUGGUCUCCAAGAACAAGACAUUGUUUGGGUAGCAAAUAGAGAAAACCCUUUGUCUGACGCAUCUUCAUCAAGACUUGAACUCUCCGAAGAUGGCAAUCUAGUCCUGCUUCAAGGUUCCAGCAACAACAUCCCAGUUUGGUCGACAAAUUUGACACUUUCCCGGUCAAACUCAACUGAAGCAGUACUUGGUGAUGAUGGAAAUUUUGUUUUAAGAGAUAGUUCCAACAAGAAUACUAUCUUUUGGGAGAGUUUCGACCAUCCGACAGAUACAUGGCUUCCUGGUGCAAAGCUUGGGAUCGAUAAGAUUACUGGAAAAACAAAGCAGAUUAUUUCAUGGAAAAAUUCAGAAGAUCCUGCACCAGGUAUGUUCUCCUUCGGUUUAACCCAAGAUGGAAGCGAUCAAUUUAUCUUGGCGUGGAACGGAUCCCAAAUAUAUGCCCGUUCUGGAGUUUGGAAUGGAAAAUAUUUCAGCUUAGUUCCUGACAUGUUGAUGAAUUAUAUAUCCAACGAUUCCAACUCCAGCUUUGUGACAAAUGAAAAUGAAAGCUAUUUGACUUAUUCAAUUAAAAACAGUUUUUCCAGUUCCAGAUUUAGGUUUGUCAUUCAGUCUUCAGGACAGCUCCAGCAACUCGCAUGGUCGGAAAGAUCUUGGGUUUGGACCUUAUUUUGGUCUCGACCGGAAAAUGCAUUUGAUGUCUAUGGUUUGUGCGGUGCAUUUGGCGUGAAUUAUGAGAAUUUCUCAAACCCCUGUGUAUGUUUAACUGGUUUUAAACCGUUUUCAAUUGAAGAAACAAACCUAAGUGAUUGGUCAGGUGGUUGUGUGCGGAAAUCCCCUUUGCAAUGUAUGAAUAAUACGUAUGCUAAUGGAAAAAAAGAUUGGUUCAUGAAAAUACCAAACCUGAGAUUCCCUGUUAAUUCAAAAGCACAUUCGGCAGUGAGUGCUAUGAAUUGUGAAGGGGCUUGCAUGAAUAAUUGCUCUUGCACAGCUUAUGCUUAUAAUAGCAGCGGGUACUGUAUGAUGUGGGAAGGAGCUCUUUUAAAUUUACAGCAAUUCGCAGAUGGUGGCAAGACCGGACAAGAUAUCUAUCUCAGACUUGCUGCUGAUGAAUAUCAAGAAUCAGGCAACAAACGGAAAGUGUGGGUGAUUUUACCAGUGCUGGUCACAGCAACCGCAAUCGGGCUUAUCUUAUUCCUCUCAAUUUGCUUUUCAAGGAAGCGAAAGCUCAAACACAAGCACAAAGGAGAGGAGACUUUCAGAUAUGAUCUAUUGUCAUUUGAUUUCAGUACUGAACUUCAUGGAAUCAAUGAUGGAACAAACACUAAAGAUAAUGUGAAUAUAAGAGGGAAGAAGGAUGGCGAGUUACCGGUGUUCAGUUAUGAGAGUGUAUCAGCUGCAACUAAUAAUUUCUCAGCUGUCAAUAAGCUUGGACAAGGAGGUUUUGGACCAGUCUACAAGGGGAAAUCAUUUAAAGGGCAAGAAAUUGCAGUAAAGAUGCUUUCAAAAAGAUCUGGACAGGGGCUUGAGGAGUUUAGAAAUGAGAUAACACUAAUUGCCAAACUCCAGCACAGAAAUCUUGUCAGACUCUUAGGCUGUUGCAUUGAGCAAGAUGAAAAAAUGUUAAUAUACGAGUACAUGCCCAAUAAAAGUUUGGAUUUCUACCUCUUUGAUCAAAUCAAGAAAAGGGUGUUAGAUUGGGAGACACGCAUACACAUUAUUGAAGGGAUUGCUCAAGGGCUUCUUUAUCUUCAUCAAUAUUCAAGGUUACGGAUCAUACACAGAGAUCUAAAACCUAGCAACAUUCUAUUGGAUAGUGAAAUGAAUCCGAAAAUAUCAGAUUUUGGGCUGGCUAGAAUAGUUGGAGACAACGAAACACAAACAAACACAAAUCGAAUUGUCGGAACUUAUGGCUAUAUGUCUCCUGAAUAUGCUAUGGAUGGUUUGUACUCAAUAAAGUCUGAUGUGUUUAGCUUUGGAGUAUUGCUACUAGAGAUUGUGAGUGGGAAGAAGAAUACUGGCUUCUAUAACAAGUCGUUCAAUCUUCUUAGAUACGCCUGGGAGUUGUGGAGAGAUGAUCGAAGUUCGGAGAUGAUGGAGCCAACAAUAGGAUAUCCUUCUUUCACUUCUGUUCUGUUGAGAUUCAUUAACAUUGGCCUUCUUUGUGUCCAAGAAAGUCCGACCGAUCGACCUACCAUGCUUAAUGUAGUCUCAAUGAUUAGUAAUGAACAUUCACCUCUACCUACACCCAAACAACCUGCUUUCACGAGAAGUCGGAAUGUGAUGGACACAAAUUCAACCACCGACAAUGUAGGAAAUUGCUCAACAUACAACCUAACUAUUUCAAUAAUGGAAGCUCGAUAAAUACUAUUUUAUACAUCAAAGAAGAGUAUUUUUGUAGUA